AUGUCUGGUGCGCGAGGCCUCAGAAGAGGAGUUGGAGUAUAUGGAAGAGCUUUCGAAGAAAGGAUGCGCCAGCGGCAGCUGGACGUCGAACAUACGCGACGUCUUCGGGAAAUAGCUGCCCAAGGAGGAUCGGUCGAUGUCGAAAUCGUUGAAGAACCACGAGAGCCGGAGACUUCGUCGGCAGCUGCAGAAGAACCGGGCAUGGUGCCCCGCGAUCCUUUGCUGGAAGGCUUCUCAGGAGAGCCCUCAUCUUCUGGCUACAUGGGUCUUCGAUCUACAUCUCAACUUUCUACUGAGGAAAAAAUCUUGUACUACGCCAUCUUCGUUCUCCACUUCGGACUCUCAAGCGAGCUAAUCCGGCGAAUGGAGGAGUUGAUGACAGUACUCUAUGGGACCAUACCACCCAUCAAUUAUUUUGGACAUGUUCGCGAACUGAAUAGGGAGCUUUUGAGCGAAUUCAAUCGGAAGCGCUAUUUCUUCUGCACGUCUUGCGGCAGUCGCUUGAGCGAAUGGAGGGAGCUCUGCGAGAAUGUCGGGUGUGCGCUCUAUCGUGUAAGCAUCAAAAGAGCUAGAGCAGUGCAAAGGACCGAGAUUCAUGUGCUCGAUGUCAUUCCACAGUUAUCCGAUAUCAUAUCGGUUCAUAUUGAGCAUAUAAUCGGAUUCCAUCGCGAGUUGCACGAAGUUGGGGUUGUCGCAGCUGAUAGAAGUGACCCACGGCAUUUUGAUGGCUAUCGUGAAGCCAUAGAGAGUGCCGAAGAAUUUGCUGCAAAUCGACUACGCAUACUUUUGACGAUCUCAGUAGACGGCUUUGUUCCUAGGCGCUUGUCACGAUUGGAAGCAGAAUUGAACACAUUACGUGAGACCCCUAUCGUUGUCGACCUAGAUGGAGUAAUGUGGACCGUAGAAGUUUGCCUGUAUCGUGGAGUCGCUGAUAUGGCCGCGCAGAAAAUUAUGUAUGGAGUGCCUGCGUGGAAUCGUGACUUCGGCUGCUCGAAAUGCACAGUAAAGGGAAUGGUAGAAAGAAGACAGCGUAUGUGGUUAGCUGAACGAGACGAGAUCGUCUCGCUUCGGACCCCGGAAACGUACGCAGAAGAUGCUCAAAAUUUUGGGCAGUUUGGCAUCAUGCAAAUGACCCCUGUUAUGAGGCUUAUGCUUCCAAGUGCUUUUUCCUCAGAUUCGCUUCACGUAUGCUCUGAGGGAGUCACGAGGGAUAGGAUUAGAGAUAUGUUUGGUGGCCCGAAGUCUAAAUUCGCGGAAUUGCGCGUCGAUCAUCAUAAUACUGAACUUAUCAAAUCGUGUCUAAGAAAGUUAUCCAGCCAUACGUAUGCCAACUCGUUGAUCUUAUCCCUGGAAGACCUGAAGACUUGCACAGCAACGGAGUUGGACGAGUUAGCUUUCGUCACUUUCCCGUUAGUUGCUGCCACGGGAAUGAUUGCAUCUCCCGUCGCAGCUGCUUCGCUACUUGGCUAUUGGUUCUGCUUGAGAACCAUGGCUCAUUCCAAAUCAAUGACCCUCGAUGUCAUCAGAGAAGCUCAGUCUAUGGCAACUUGUGUCAAGCAGAUAUGGGCAGAAUUGGCACCGGAGGUUUUCACCAUGAAAUGCCACCACGGGAUGGCGCACGAACUAGAUGUUUAUGGCUCGAUGUACCAAUGGUCUUCGGCCCCUUUCGAAAGCUUGCACCGUAGGUUGCAAAUCCGUAUCGACCAGUCCACGACGAAUAGUUCUAUAGAGAUGAUCGAGAGGUACAUUUUGUCAAAAAGAGUGAGAAACCUGUUUUAUAACUGUUGCGAGGAUGGCAACACUACCAUGCUCGCCCUUAAGUCUAAGAUUGAGAACAAACACAAGCGAAGGUUCCCCUUGGCCAUACGAAUCAAUGAUUCCACAUACAUCCCCAAGGGGAGUAGAAUCGCGCCUGGUCUUUUGUCGGAAGAUCAUAAAGCACGGAUUACGGUUUUUCGUGAGGAAGCCUACUCAAGAGUGGUUAUCUCUGGUAAAAUAUACUCGUCCCGUCUGUACUGGAAUAGAGCACGGAGUACCCGCCAAGAUGUGGUCUAUCUUUGCGGACGCGACGGAGACGAAGAGCUUGACCAUUUUGCUUCCAUACUCAUGUUCCUCUAUAACCGCCGCAAUAAAUCGAUCAAAGUCCUCGUUGAGGAGCGCGAUGUAAGACAGAGCCGUUACGACUACAAUGAAGAGCGGUUCGUUCCAAGCAGUCGAAAAGGCAAAAGAGUGCGAGUCUCAGACACAUCAGCUGGAGCUGCAUCGGGAGACGAGAGACGAGAAGCUGCGGGAGACGAGAACGUCUCGCCAUGA